AUGAAAGAGUCUUUUAGUGCACUUCGUGUUCACAUGAACACUUUCAAGCUUCUUGAAGAGAAGAAGCUUCGCAAAAUCGUUGAUAAGUUUGGUUGGUGUACUUGGGAUGCUUGUUACUUGACUGUUGACCCUGCAACGAUUUGGACCCGUGUUAAGGAGUUUGAAGAAGGUGGGGUAUGUCCUAAGUUCAUCAUCAUUGACGAUGGUUGGCAAAGUAUAAGCUUUGAUGGUGAUGACUUAGACAAAGACGCAGAGAAUCUUGUUCUUGGUGGAGAGCAAAUGACGGCGAGGCUUCAUAGCUUCAAGGAAUGUAAGAAGUUUAGAAACUAUAAAGCGACCGAGCGGAUUCAAGCGAUUAUAGAGAAAGCGAAGCUGAUUCGUGAGUCUGGUGAACAAGAUCUACACCAGCUUGAUGAGAAGAUCAAGAAGUACAGCGAGGAACUCAAUGCAAUGUUUGAUGAAGUUGAGAAAGAAGAGUCUUUGGGUUCUGAGGAUGGAUCAGGUUCAGGUAUGGAAGCUUUCACAAGGGAUUUGAGGUCAAGGUUUAAGGGUUUAGAUGAUAUAUAUGUGUGCCAUGCUCUAUGUGGUGCUUGGAAUGGUGUUAGGCCUGAAACCUUAACACAUUUGAAGACAAAGAUUGUUCCUUUUGAGCAAUCUCCUGGUCUAGAUGCUACAAUGACUGAUCUUGCAGUCGACAGGAUUGUGGAAGCUGGGAUUGGUCUUGUUCAUCCUUCUAAAGCUCAUGAGUUCUACGAUUCGAUGCACUCUUAUCUUGCUAGUGUUGGAAUUACAGGAGCCAAGAUUGAUGUUUUCCAAACCUUAGAGUCAGUAUCAGAAGAACAUGGAGGAAGAGUGGAGCUUGCUAAAGCUUACUACGAUGGCUGGACCAAAUCCAUGAUUAAGAAUUUCAGUGGAUCUGGAAUUCUUGCUAGUAUGCAACAAUGCAAUGACUUCUUCUUCCUUGCCACAAAAGAAAUUUCUAUCGGAAGAGUUGGUGAUGACUUUUGGUGGCAAGACCCACAAGGUGUGUACUGGCUACAAGGAGUACAGAUAGUUCACUGCGCUUACAACAGUAUCUGGAUGGGUCAAAUGAUUCAACCAGAUUGGGACAUGUUCCAAUCAGACCAUGUUUGUGCUGAGUACCAUGCUGCGUCUCGAGCCAUCUCUGGUGGGCCAAUCUACAUCAGUGACCAUCUUGGAAAAGCCUCGCAUAACUUUGAUCUCAUCAAGAAAUUCGCUUUCCGCGAUGGCACCAUCCCAAAAUGUCUCCACUAUGGUCUUCCCACUAGAGAUUCUCUCUUCAAGAACCCUUUGUUUGACAAAGAAUCAAUCCUCAAGAUCUUCAACUUCAACAAGUUUGGAGGAGUAAUUGGAGCAUUUAACUGUCAAGGAGCUGGUUGGAGCCCAAAGGAGCAUAGGUUCAAGGGAUACAAAGAAUACGUCGAAUGGGAUCAAAACCCAGAAGCUGCAAGGUCUCACGUCAGCUACGCCGGAGAUUACUUGGUCUACAAGAAACAAUCGGAGGAAAUCCUUUUCAUGAACUCGAAAUCAGACCCGAUGGAGAUAACCCUAGAGCCAUCCUCGUUUGACCUAUUCAGCUUCGUGCCGGUCACGGAACUUGGAACCUCAGGGGUUAGAUUUGCACCUCUAGGUUUGAUCAACAUGUUCAACUGUGUGGGAACAGUUGAAGAGAUGGAGGUUAGUGGUGGUGAUAAUAGCAUUAGGGUUGAGUUGAAAGGUGAAGGAAGAUUCAUGGCGUAUUCGAGCUGUGCUCCAAAGAUGUGUUACUUGAACAGCAAGGAAGCUGAGUUUAAGUGGGAAGAUGAAACUGGUAAACUCAGUUUCUAUGUUCCUUGGCCUGAACAAUCUGGUGGCAUCUCUCAACUCUCUUUCAACUUCUGA